AUGCUCAAUGAACUAGCAACCGAACAAGUCUUGUUGUUGGAACAUUUGCUGCGAGUGAACAAAGAUGAACAGCCGCUUUUUAAUUCUUUCAUGCUUCGAAAGGAUCAACUUCGACGCUGUAAUGCAGCGUUAUGGGGGUUUCGUAGCAUGGAAAAGUUCAAGACGCUGUAUCAACUGACGGAACUUCUGAAAGCCAGUCCCGUUUCUGAUAUCGUCUUGUACACACUGCUGGAAAAGAUGACCUUCCUAUUUGCCAAGGGUCCCCAGAAUGCGGAUACCCAGAUUUUGGAUCCAAGAGUACUGACAAUGGCUCUAAUAGACCUUCUAAUUCGUGUGUGCCGUGUGAUCUCCUCCGAUGGUGUAGAAACAAAUGUACGACGCUCUUUACGAAAAUCGAUUCUUGCAACGAUCCAAACUCAAUUCACCAAUGUGUAUGUAAAACUGUUUUGGGGAGAGAUCGAUGGAUGA